UUUAUUCAUUCGAAGGGCGGGCGGCUGAAAUAAUCCUACCGCAGAGGCGAAACUCGAAAAGAACAAGAGGUUUAUAAGAAAAGCACUGAAAUCUAUUCCCAUCGUCUUCCGGAAGCCUAAAGAAGAAACGACAUGGCAUUUCGAGGGAAGGAGAUGAUGAAGAAAGUACUAAACAAGGUUGGAGAGAAAAACCUAGCUCCGGGAGUAAAACAGUCGCUUCAGAAAUGCAUUCCAGACAGCAAGAUCGUUAUGAACCGAGCCAAACGCGGUCUCUUCGCUGGAAAACACAUUCGAUUCGGCAAUCGUGUCAGCGAAGAUGGCGGCAACAAGUCAAGGAGGUGCUGGAAGCCCAAUGUCCAGGAGAAGCGGCUCUUUAGUUACAUAUUAGACCGCCACAUUAGAGUCAAAGUCACUACUCAUGCUCUCCGCUGCAUAGACAAAGCAGGGGGCAUUGAUGAGUAUCUGCUGAAGACUCCUUACCACAAGAUGGAUACAGAAAUGGGCCUCUUCUGGAAGAGCAAGAUAGAGAAGCUAUAUGAAGAGCUUGGGCAGAUGGAGGUAGUUUUCUUUUCACCAGAAGAUGAAGCCAAGUUUGAACAGGGCUUUAAAGACCUGAAACUUGCUGAGCGGGCAGCCAGGAGGGAAGUCAGAAGACAGAUGUAUGGAGGUUCAACCAAACAAACACAAAUUGAGGAAAGAAGCACUGGUAGUCCAGUAACUGAUGAGGAAGCCACAACCUCUGGUGAAGGAAGCCAACAUCAUGAUGUUCAUGAGCAGCUGGUUGCCAACUCCUGAGACUCAAGUUUGGAUCUUCGCACCUUCUCUGGAUGUUUUGCUUAUAGCUUUCUCUAUGGGUAGAUUCAAUUCGAAUUGAGUCAAACUCGAAGGAAAGAUCAGUUUGAGCUAGUGAACAAUAACAUUGAAGAGGGUGAAUAGUUGCCAGAAAAGAAGAAGAAGAGCUUUGGCUUUGCUUAUCAAAAUUUGAUGCUUGAUUUGGUAGUUUAUUCAACUUCGUCCUUGAUAAGUCAAUCACUCUAUUCAUUAGGAUUCUAUCAUGACAAUAGUACUCCUUUUCUUCUUUUUAGUUUUGCUUAUCGCUUUCUCUAUUGGUAGAUUCAAUUCGAAUUGAGUCAAACUCGAAGGAAAGAUCAGUUUGAGCUAGUGAACAAUAACAUUGAAGAGAGAGAACAGUUGUCAGAAAAGAAGAAGAAGAGCUUUGGCUCGGUUCAAUUUCAUCCCUAACUUUCUUCCUCAAAAGGUUCUCUUUACUGAUACUUAGUUGACUAGUACACAUUUCUAUUGGUAUAUAACACUUAACUGAACAUCCAAACAAACCCUCUCUUUUACUCAUCGGCUUAGAGCUGAAGUAAGCAAAUGACUGUUUCACAGCCUGUCAUUCUGUCACCCCACACACCAUACUCUUCCAUUAAACUACGUCGUAGCUAGCUCUCAGUUUAAAACACCAUCAUUUCUAAUGCUCUUCCUGCUCAAGUCUUGUUUGAGAAUUCUCAGCUUCAACCUUGAGCCAUAACACCAUAUACCCUAAGCCUCGGUUCAUUAUCAAGAACAAAUGGCUGGAAAUCAUAACUGGUUAACGUGUUCCAAGAUGGCAGGGAAGAAGUUUAGCUUACUGAAUCUUCUAAAUGCAAGCAAACAGCACCUAGGUUAGAUGGCUAGUCUUUUUUUUCGAUCCAUACUUAUUGUUACAUGAAGUAUUAGGGAUUUGCAAUUGCAAAGAGUCCCAGGACAUUGUCACGUGGUGUAACUAUGAGGCUAAAUUUGAUUUUGAUUAAAUGUAAUUUAGAUUUCAAAUUUAAUGACUAAAUAAACAAAAUUAUAUAAAUAUUAUUUUAAUAUUUAUAUCAACAUUUAAUUUGUUUGAUUGGUCAAACUGAGUUUGACCCAAGCCCUGCUCUUGACCGGUUUAAGGUCUGGAUUUUUGAAGCAUUAUAAAGAUAUGCCCAAUUGGUGUUGAUCCAUGUAUCUAAUGGGGGAAUGUGAGCUCUUAGAUUCUCAUUUGAUUCUAAGAAGGCUUGUAAAAUUAUGUAUAGUAACAUAUAUAAAAAAAUCUAACUUUUUUGUGUUGUAUAUAAUGAUAUAUUUUUUAAUAAUAAUAAUAAAAGUAUAAAACAAUAAAAAAAUUUUAAUUGUUAUGUUAUUGUCUUUGAAAAUAUCAGAAACCCCUUGU